AUGACCUGCAUUUUUUUUUUCAGGAAUCAAGUUUUAGAAAUGUUUGAUCAUGCAUACAAAUCUUACAUGAAUAAUGCCUAUCCAGCUGAUGAGUUAAUGCCACUAAGCUGUAAAGGAAGAUAUAGAGGUACACAACCUAGUAGGGGUGAUGUUGAUGAUAGUUUGGGAAAUUUUACAUUAUCAUUAAUUGAUAGUUUAGACUCACUAGCUGUAUUAGGCAAGUUAGAUGAUUUUGAAGAAGCUAUUAAAUUAGUUAUAGCCCAUACUAAAUUUGAUGCUGAUGUUAUAGUAUCUGUCUUUGAAACAAACAUUAGAGUUUUAGGGGGUUUACUAGGUGGACAUGUAGCAGCAGCCUCAUUUAAACGUAAAAAGAAAUGUGUAGAAUGGUACAAUGAUGAGUUAUUAGAGAUGGCACGGGAAGUAGGGUUAAGGUUAUUACCAGCUUUUAAUACAACAACUGGCAUGCCAUAUCCUAGAAUUAAUUUAAAGAAAGGUAUUAGUAAUGUUAUAUCAAGUAAUUGUAAAGAUACCUGUACAGCCUGUGCUGGUACUAUGAUAUUAGAAUUUGCAGCAUUAAGUCGAUUAACUGGUGAUCCACAGUUCGAGGUAAAUGCUCACAAAGCAAUGGAUUAUUUAUGGCAACAAAGACACAGAAGUACAGAUUUAAUGGGAACAGUUAUUAAUAUUCAUAAUGGAGAUUGGAUUAGAAGAGAAAGUGGUGUAGGAGCUGGUAUAGACAGUUAUUAUGAAUAUGUUUUAAAAGCAUAUAUAUUAUUGGGAGAUGAAAGUUAUUUAGAUAGAUUCAAUAAGCAUUAUGAUGCCGUAAUGAAAUAUGUUAGUCAAGGUCCAUUGUUAGUUGACGUCCACAUGCAUAAACCACAGUCAGUGUCAAGAAAUUUUAUGGAUGCACUAUUAGCAUUUUGGCCAGGUUUACAAGUUCUAAAAGGUGAUAUUGAACCUGCUGUAGAAACUCAUGAAAUGUUAUACCAAGUUUUACAACGUCAUAAUUUUUUACCGGAGGCAUUUACUACAGAUUUUAGAGUUCAUUGGGGUCAUCAUCCUCUUAGACCAGAAUUUGUAGAAUCAACCUAUUUCUUACAUAAGGCUACUGGUGAUCCAUAUUACCUAGAAGCUGGUAAAAAAGUGGUUGAGAAUUUGAAUCAACAUGCUAGAGUUAAAUGUGGCUUUGCUGCUUUAAAAGAUGUGACAUCUGGUAAACAUGAAGAUCAGAUGGAUUCAUACGUAUUAGCUGAAACAUUUAAAUAUUUGUAUUUAUUAUUUUCUGAGAAGAGUGAUCAUAUAUUGAAUGUAGAUGAUUAUGUUUUUACUACUGAAGCUCAUAUACUACCUCUAACAUUAUCUAUAUAUAAUACAUCCCAGGAAUCUCUUAAGGUAAAUAUUAUAUAUAUAUUAUCCUGGAUCAUUAAAGCUGUUUUAUUAGAAGAAGAUCACAAUACUUGUCCUAAUUUCCAUGUAUUAUCUGAAGGUGGAUCUGAUUUUGCCCAUGGUCUAAGAUCUCAGAUGAAAGACUUAGUCAGUAGACAUAGUCCUAAACCUUCACAAUAUAAAAAUAGACUGAAAGCCAGUGAGUUUAUUGCUGGUAAUAAAGAACAGUUAGAUCAGUUACAUGCUAUGGGUAUUAGAAUAGCAACAAUGACUGAUGGUAGAGUACAGUUAUUACAUACUGCUUCGGAGGCUGCAUCUACUGAGGAUGCUGAAAAUGGAAUGAGAUUUAUGCAGGAAAUGAUAGAAUUAUCUAAACAACAAAAACCAGAAGCCCAACAUGAACCUAUGUUUGUACAGAUGAUAAGUGAACCAUACUCUAGUAAUGUAUAUUAUAAAGCAGGACCAGCACAAUUUGGUUAUGAUUUAAAGACAUUACCUCCUAUACAAGGUAAAGUGAGUAUAGCUGAACCUAUUAAAGCCUGUCAACCACUAACUAAUACCCAUAGAUUAAUAGGUAGAAUAGCUAUAGUUGAAAGAGGUGAAUGUAUGUUUGUUGAUAAGGCAAGAAAUUUAAUACAGUCUGGUGCUAUUGGUGGUAUUGUACUUGAUCAUAAUGAAGGCACCACUGGUCACUCACAAGCUCUAUUUGCUAUGUCCGGUGAUGGACAAGAAGAUAUCACUAUACCAAUGGUAUUUCUAUUCUAUAAAGAGGGCCAUGAGAUAAUAAGUGCUCUAGAAACAUUCCCUGAAUUAGAAGUAUUAUUAACCAAACAGCCAAAAUUACAAGGUAAAUAUAUCAUAGAUACUACUAAAGUUGUCAAGUAUCCUUCAAACAAAACAAUUAUCAAAUAA